UCCGGGCGAGGCGGAGUCGUCAUGGUGUCAGACGAAGAUGAAUUGAAUCUGCUGGUCAUCAUAGUUGAUACCAACCCAAUUUGGUGGGGAAAGCAAGCACUGAAGGAGUCUCAGUUUACUCUGUCAAAAUGCAUCGACGCUGUCAUGGUGCUGGGGAAUUCGCACUUGUUCAUGAACCGCUCCAACAAGCUCGCCGUGAUAGCCAGUCAUAUCCAGGAGAGCCGAUUCUUGUACCCUGGGAAGAACGGAGCCCUCGGCGACCUGCUGGGCGACCCUGGCAACCCACCUUCAGAGUUCAAUCCCUCAGGGAGUAAAGACGGGAAGUAUGAGCUGCUAACAGCAGCCAACGAAGUCAUUGUUGAGGAAGUUAAAGACCUAAUGACCAAGAGUGACAUAAAGGGUCAGCACACGGAAACGCUGCUGGCGGGGUCCCUCGCCAAAGCUCUCUGCUACAUUCAUAGAAUGAAUAAAGAAGUAAAAGAUAAUCAAGAAAUGAAAUCCAGGAUAUUGGUGAUCAAGGCCGCAGAGGACAGCGCGCUGCAGUACAUGGACUUCAUGAAUGUCAUCUUCGCCGCCCAGAAACAGAAUAUUCUAAUUGAUGCCUGUGUCCUGGAUUCCGACUCAGGACUACUUCAGCAGGCCUGUGACAUCACCGGAGGGCUGUACCUGAAGGUGCCUCAGAUGCCCUCCCUACUGCAGUACUUGCUGUGGGUGUUUCUUCCUGACCAAGACCAGCGGUCUCAGCUGAUCCUCCCGCCCCCGGUUCACGUGGACUACCGGGCUGCAUGCUUCUGCCACCGGAACCUCAUCGAGAUCGGCUACGUGUGCUCCGUGUGUCUGUCCAUUUUCUGCAGUUUCAGCCCCAUCUGCACAACGUGCGAGACGGCCUUCAAGAUCUCUCUCCCACCUGUCCUCAAGUCCAAGAAGAAGAAAGUCAAAGCGUCUGCCUGAGUGCCAGCCAGGAAGCUUCUGGAACUCAGGCAGCUUCGUGGAGGAGCCAUGUAGCCCCUGGAAAGUCUGUGCCACCCUUGCUCUGCUUGGGGCACAGGUUGGUUUGAGGGUACAGCCCUCUGAGAGCUCCUGGGUGUAGUCUCCUCAUCACAGUCAUCACAACGGCAUGCCUGCAGACUCCAUUUUAUUUGUUCCAUUGUUAUGGGGGUCCCGCUGCACAUGCUGUGACAGGCGGACUCAGGAGCACAGAUGGAGACGCCUCGUGAUUCUGCGCCUUGACGUAUACCUGACUGUUUCUCGAGCAUUCUUUGGAGUGGGAUGUUGUCCCCAGUAGAAUUCUUUCCCUUUUUGGGGCCCGAGUGGUAGCAUAGUGGCUCAGGGGUUUGCCUUGCACGCACUUGACCUGGAUUCCGUCCCCAGCACCCCAUACGGUCCCCUCAGCACGGCCAGGUGUGACCCCAAACCAAAACAACCCUUUUUAUUUUCGAAGAAGCAUUAAUAACGGAGUGCCGAUCUUUGGGAGGUCUGGGCUGCUCAGCACUGAAAACUUCUCCAAAAUAAAAAGUUUAUUUGUGAUCUCAGCAGUCAAAAGGGGGCCGAUGAGCUCGGGUGCUGCUGUCUCUGCCUUCAGCGGGGAGGGUGCUAGCCCUGUGCUGCUACCCAGGUCUGCUGCCUGGCACACAGAUGGGUCCUCAAGCCCUGCCAGGUCUGACUCCUGUCUGCAGAGGCAGGAGUAAGCCCUAAGCACAGCCAGGUGUAGGGCCUCCUUACGCCCCGCCAAAAAAAAAAAACACACUAUUUUUUCUAUGUAAUGAAAUGCAUAAAAGGCCUUUUAAAUUCCAGCCAGCACAGUGUAGGAACGGUUUUUGGAAAUGGUGAUUCGUUUGGUUUUAAAUACUAAGAUUUGUUUUAUUUGAAAGUAUGUUGUGUAUAAGACAUCGUAUAAAAUAAGAUUUAAGUUUUCUCUUUGAACCAUCUGAGAAGCUAAGUUUUGUUUAUCUGAUGUUUGAUUAGAUAAUUCAUAUUCUGAAUUUGUUUUGUUAACAAGUACACAGAUUUUGGUGGUAACAUGACAAGUGUUUGUCCUGGGGAUAGAGAAUCUGUUUUCCUUACAAAAAGUACUUGAUAAUGUCAUUGCCUAAUUAAGUGUAAUGGAAGUCUGCAUUUUUGUUUAGGGAGUAAGGUAUCCCAUUGCUUAGGAAAUGAAUAAUCUCAACAUGCCAGUAAGGUUUUGUUACAACCUUUUCAAUUAAAAUAUGUUUUCUGGCUUAGUUCUGGUUUAUUUUUAACUUGUAUUUAUGGC